CUCAGUUCUGAGGUGCAUUAAGUGAAAGUGACCCCGGGUCUCCCAAUACUAUUUUGAUGGCAGAGCGGAAAGGUUAACAGGCGCAGUGAUGGAGCCGCCUAAGUGGCUAGUACAGCGUUAAGCUGGCAACACCGUCCAGGGCCGUGGAUGCCUCCUGUCUGCUGACCUCGAAGCGACCCAAAGUGGCCGCGAAUGUUUGCCCCGCCGUCACCAGGGUCGGCUGACACUCCUUAGGGCUCAGAAGGUACUUGACGUUAGAAAAGAGGCCCAGGAUCACUGGGACUUUCAAGGAACAAAUGAUACCGCGCCUGCUGCUGCAGCAACUGGUGAUGUUUUUCACUACUUUUUAAAAAAACACAGUGUGGCAAGAGGAAGAAUAACAAGAAAAGAAUCUGGAAAAGUUGGACAAGAUACAGUAUCUUCAGUCUCCAAACUAGAAGACCAACAAAGCAGAAAAUGUACAAUUUUGAGGACGAGUUAACAUGUCCCAUUUGUUAUAGUAUUUUUGAAGAUCCUCGUGUACUACCAUGCUCUCAUACAUUUUGUAGAAACUGCUUGGAAAAUGUUCUUCAGGCAUCUGGUAACUUUUAUAUAUGGAGACCAUUACGAAUUCCACUAAAGUGCCCUAAUUGCAGAAGUAUUAUUGAAAUUGCUUCAACUGGUAUUGAAUCUUUACCUGUUAAUUUUGCAUUAAGGGCUAUUAUUGAAAAGUACCAGCAAGAAGAUCAUCCAGAUAUUGUCACUUGCCCUGAACAUUACAGGCAACCCUUAAAUGUAUACUGUCUACUAGAUAAAAAAUUAGUUUGUGGUCAUUGCCUUACCAUAGGCCAACAUCAUGGUCAUCCUAUAGAUGAUCUUCAAAGUGCCUAUCUGAAAGAGAAGGACACGCCGCAAAAACUGCUGGAACAGUUAACUGACACACACUGGACAGACCUUACUUGUCUUAUUGAAAAGCUGGAAGAAGAAAAAUCUCAUUCGGAGAAAGUGGUCCAAGGUGAUAAAGAAGUUGUUCUCCAGUAUUUUAAGGAGCUUAGUGAUAUAUUAGAACAGAAAAAAAAAAAUUUCCUAACUGCUCUCUCUGAUGUUGGCAAUCUGAUUAAUCAAGAAUAUACUCCACAAAUUGAAAGAAUAAGAGACAUGAGGAAGCAGCAGCUUGAAUUAAUGACAUUGACAACAUCUUUACAAGAGGAGUCCCCACUUAAAUUUCUUGAAAAAGUUGAUGAUGUCCGUCAGCGUGUGCAGGUCUUGAAACAAAGUCCACUUCCCGAGGUCCAGCGUAUUGAAAUUUAUCCUCGAGUAAGCCAAGUAUUGAAAGAAGAUUGGAGCAUAACAGAAAUUGGACAAAUUAAGAAACUUCUCAUUCCUGAAAUGAAAAUUUCUUCAACCAGGAUGCCAUGUUCCUGGCCUGCUGAUGAAAAGGAAGUUGAAUUUUUUAAGAUUCUAAACAUUGUUAUAGUUACAAUAAUUUCAGUGAUACUGAUGUUGAUCCUCUUUUUUAACCAACACAUAAUAACCUUUUUAAAUGAAAAUACUUCAUUGUGUUUUUCUGAAGUCUCUAUAUCUGUUUACCAAAGUUUAUCUAACAGUCUGCACAAUUUAAAGGAUAUGUUAUAUCACACUUUAUAUUUACUGAAGGAAUUCAUGUGGAAAAUAGUCUUUCGUUGAAAAUGCAAAUCUAAAUUCAAAUAGGCUUUUUCUAAACAGGGACUAACAACCAUUGCUAAAUGGAGAAAUAUGGGUUGCAUGGAUAAGUAAAAUAGCAAACUAAACUUUAUUAGAAUUGCAACAAAUAUGUAGAAAUAUUUUAAAUCAUGUUUCUGUUGGAUAGAAAUGUAUCAGAAAUGAAGCAGUGUCUCUGGUUUUUGGUCUGAAAACUAGAAUAAAAUCUAGUUGAUUUGAGUACUAUCCUUUUUAAUGGAUUUGAGAGGUUGACUUAAUAUUGUUGUGGCAUUUAAACAUUGUUUUACCAAUAUUGUCUUUUAGCAUUAAUAUGGCUGUAGUGAUUGACUUUGCAGUUCUUCAUACAUAGCUUUUAGAAAAAAAGAUGGUAAAAUCUGUAAGUACCUAUGCACUUAUUUUUGAUGUGGCUUGAUUCUUUUGCAUGGGCAAAUAAAGAUGGUGAGGUUUUAAAAUCAAGCAGCAAAGUCUAAAAUGAUAAGGGGCUGCUUAAAGAUGUUUUUGAUCAAAUAAACCAGAUCCACACAUUGUUUUA